GCGAAAUUCGUCUCGAACUGCCCUUCUCUUUAGCUCUUUUCUCGAGUACGGGGACGAGCAUGUUGCGCAUGUGAAUUGGGUCUCCUCUUUGCGUUGGUAGGAGAAAAUUCUUGUCAGUCAAAACGUCAAACUCUGUGCAAAUUCUUGGACCUUCCAGGCAGUUUCCUCCUCCUCUCUCUCUCUCUCUCUCUCUCCAAAAACAUUUUGUUCCGUAAAAGAGAUAACUUUUGUGCCUCUUGAACAUAAAAUACCGGGCUCAACUAGAUCUGCUAAUUUCUUGAAGUUGCCAAGUAGGGGCAAGGACUGCAAGCUUCAACCUUGUGAUCAUCAAUGGAGAUCUCUGGAUCUCUCUGGCUUUUAAGCUUCUUUCAAGUGUCCUAAAGAAUUAAUAACGCAAAAUAACUUCUGCCCCAGUAGUAUUCCACCGAGAUCGUCACCUAUUCGUGCAUCAGCAGGCCUAUUUGUUCAACAACAUUCACAAUUUAAUAUUUCGCGCAGGGGUGGUUGGUAAGGUUUGAAAAAUCCGGCCAAUCUAGAGAAGAUCGAUUUUUCCAAGGACUUGACUUUUUGUCUUCCUCUCUUUCUUGAGAUUAUCCAAAGCCCCUUUAUUAGCGGAAGUUGGGUUCUGCUUCUAACGCACAGCGUGUUUCACUUUGGUGGUUUGUGCAGUUGUUUUUCUGAGAGAAGAAUUUAGCCAUGGCUGACCGUGUGUUGACUCGGAGUCACAGCCUUCGCGAGCGUCUGGAUGAGACCCUCUCUGCUCACCGCAACGAUAUUGUGGCCUUCCUGUCAAGGAUCGAGGCCAAGGGCAAAGGCAUCUUGCAGCGCCACCAAAUUUUUGCUGAGUUUGAGGCGAUCUCUGAGGAGAGCAGAGCAAAGCUUCUUGAUGGGGCUUUUGGUGAAGUGCUCAAAUCAACUCAGGAAGCAAUAGUGUCGCCCCCAUGGGUUGCUCUUGCUGUUCGUCCAAGGCCAGGUGUGUGGGAACACAUCCGUGUGAACGUCCAUGCGCUUGUUCUUGAGCCAUUGGAGGUUACUGAGUAUCUGCAUUUCAAAGAAGAGCUUGUUGAUGGAAGCUUGAAUGGUAACUUUGUGCUUGAGCUUGACUUUGAGCCAUUCACUGCCUCUUUUCCGCGCCCGACUCUUUCCAAGUCUAUUGGCAAUGGCGUCGAGUUUCUCAAUCGCCAUCUCUCCGCUAAGCUCUUCCAUGACAAGGAAAGCUUGCACCCUCUGCUUGAAUUCCUCCAAGUCCACUGCUACAAGGGGAAGAACAUGAUGGUGAAUGCCAGAAUCCAGAAUGUGUUCUCCCUCCAACAUGUCCUGAGGAAGGCAGAGGAAUAUCUGACCAUGCUCAAACCUGAGACCCCCUAUGCCCAGUUCGAGCACAAGUUCCAGGAGAUCGGGCUGGAGCGGGGGUGGGGUGACACGGCUGAGCGCGUCCUCGAGAUGAUCCAGCUCCUGUUGGAUCUCCUUGAGGCUCCUGACCCGUACACUCUCGAGAAGUUCUUGGAUAGGAUUCCAAUGGUCUUCAACGUCGUAAUCAUGUCUCCCCAUGGAUACUUUGCUCAGGACAAUGUCCUAGGUUAUCCAGAUACCGGUGGCCAGGUUGUUUACAUCCUGGAUCAAGUUCGUGCCCUGGAGGAGGAAAUGCUUAACCGCAUUAAGCAUCAAGGACUGGAUAUUACUCCUCGGAUUCUCAUUAUCUCUCGUCUUCUCCCAGAUGCGGUUGGAACCACCUGUGGGCAGCGCCUUGAGAAAGUUUUCGGGACCGAGUACUCCCACAUUCUUCGUGUCCCCUUCAGGGACGAGAAGGGAGUCGUCCGCAAAUGGAUUUCCCGGUUCGAGGUGUGGCCCUAUUUGGAAAGAUACACUGAGGAUGUCGCGAACGAACUCGCUGGAGAGUUGCAGGGCAAGCCUGAUCUGAUCAUCGGAAACUACAGCGAUGGAAACAUUGUUGCUUCCUUGUUAGCCCAUAAAUUAAGUGUUACACAGUGUACAAUAGCCCAUGCCCUUGAGAAGACAAAGUACCCAGAAUCAGACAUAUACUGGAAGAAAUUUGAGGAGAAGUACCACUUCUCUUGCCAGUUCACUGCCGAUCUCAUCGCCAUGAACCACACUGACUUCAUCAUCACCAGCACGUUCCAAGAAAUCGCUGGAAGCAAGGAUACAGUAGGGCAGUAUGAGAGUCACAUGAACUUCACUCUUCCUGGACUCUACCGAGUUGUCCACGGGAUCGACGUCUUUGACCCGAAGUUCAACAUUGUCUCACCAGGUGCCGACAUGAGCAUCUAUUUCUCCUACACCGACGAGAAGCGGCGGUUGAAAUCCUUCCACCCUGAGAUUGAAGAACUCCUCUUCAGCAAUGUCGAGAACAAGGAACACUUAUGUGUGUUGAAAGAUAAGAAGAAGCCGAUUAUUUUCACCAUGGCGAGGCUGGACCGUGUCAAGAAUUUGUCAGGGCUUGUUGAGUGGUAUGGCAAGAACGCCAAGUUGAGGGAACUGGCCAACUUGGUCGUGGUCGGAGGCGACAGGAGGAAGGAUUCGAAGGACUUGGAAGAGCAGGCCGAGAUGAAGAAAAUGUACGACCUCAUCGAAAAGUACAAGCUGAAUGGCCAGUUCAGGUGGAUUUCCUCCCAGAUGAACCGGGUGAGGAAUGGAGAGCUCUACCGCUACAUCUGCGACACGAAGGGAGUCUUCGUUCAACCGGCUAUCUAUGAAGCUUUCGGGUUGACCGUGGUCGAGGCCAUGACUUGUGGAUUGCCGACCUUUGCCACUUGCAAUGGUGGGCCGGCUGAGAUCAUUGUGCAUGGUAAAUCAGGCUUCCACAUUGAUCCUUAUCAUGGUGACCAGGCGGCCGUGCUUCUUGUAGAGUUCUUUGAGAAGUGCAAGGCCGAUCCAAGCCACUGGGACAUAAUCUCAAAGGGUGCCAUGCAGAGAAUUGAAGAGAAGUAUACAUGGAAAAUAUACUCUGAGAGACUGUUGAACCUGACUGCUGUGUAUGGCUUCUGGAAGCAUGUGUCUAACCUUGAUCGGCGUGAGAGCCGCCGCUACCUCGAAAUGUUCUACGCCCUCAAGUAUCGCCCACUGGCUCAGUCUGUUCCUCCCGCUGUUGAGUAAACAAAGAGACAGAUUGUUAUCGGAACAUGGAAGCAUUGCACUUUUGGAGUUUUCAAGGAAUAAACAUUGGAAAUUGUUUGACCUCUUUCAUUUCCUUUUUUUUGGUCCUUUUUCUCUUCUUUGUUUUCAUUCUGAGGAUGUGUGCAUUUCGGGUUUUGAACCCCCAGCAAUUCAGUAAAUGGUUCAUUUUGUUUUCACCUUGUCAAUCCCUCCAUGUGCAUCCUUUGUUUUUCACCUA